CGGCCGUAAAGCGCGGCGCGGAGGUCGCGGCAGCGGCCGCGCUUGACGGCGGCGGGCGUCGCGCAAGGGCCGGUGAAGGACGGCGGUGCCGGUGCCGGUGCCCGCGCCCGCCGCCAUGCCGUUCCUGGACCUGCAGCGGCAGCUGGGCCUCGACAUGGACCGCUGGCUGCUGCGGCAGAGCACGGCGCAGCCCUACGGCAACGUCGGGGCCUGCCACGCCUUCGAGCGGGAGUGGGUGGAGUGCGGGCACGGCCUGGGCCAGACGCGGGCCCGCCGCGAGUGCCAGCCCGAGUACGAGGACUUCAUGGAGUGCAUGCACCGCACCAAGCUGGCUGCGCGUCUGAAAAAGAUCCUGGAGCAGAGGGACAAGAUGAUCAAGGAAGGGAAGUACGCCCCGCCUGACUACCACGGGAGCCAGCAAGAGCCCAAGCCUUGACGCGCUGGGACCCCACAUCAGUCGUCUGCAGCCGAGGAAGUGAAGCCCCUGGAAGGAAAGCGCCCGGCACGGGUGGGCUCCGCUGCGGCUGGUCCACGCACCGCGGGGUCGGGGCUGCCUGACGGCCUUGCCCUGACUGAAGGGGAAUGACACCCGUGUCAGGCAUUAAUGCUGUGCUAGUAAACGUUUCCUUUGGAACAGC